AUGCUUCCCCUCAUCAACAUCAAAAAGCCGAAAAAACUCCUUUGGAAGCCCUCUUUUAGUCGUAGCAGCGAGCCGGAGGUGUCGAUCCCACAUGCCUCUGGGUUCCGAGCGCAGCUCGAGUACCAGAUGACUCCUAUAACCUCGCCCGAGGACGUGUCUAACAAGCUGAGCACGGUGAAGUCGUACGAAAACGAGAUCACCGCAAUCGACGAAAACGCAGACGUGCCGGACGGUGGGCUGUGGGCGUACAUGGCGUUGCUCGGGUCGUUCAUGGGCCUGGUGCCGGUGUGGGGUAUGAUCAACUCGCUGGGUGCUCUCGAGGGCUACAUCUCCAAUCACCAGUUGGCGUCCAGCUCGUCAUCCGUCGUUUCGUGGAUUUUCUCCGUGUACCUAGCGAUGCUCAGCGCGAGCUGCGUUCUCACAGGCGCAUAUUUCGACCGCAACGGCGGCAAGCGGCCCAUGGUGGUCGGGUCUGUGCUGUAUAUUGCUGGUAUCCUUGCCACCGCGAAUUGCCAGACCGUGUGGCAAUUUAUCUUAGCGUUCUCGAUUCUGUGUGGGUUCGCAACUGGCGCGCUCACCACGCCGCUUGUCAGCUGCGUGGCUACGUGGUUCUGCCGCAAGCGCGCAAUGGCUACUAGCAUCGCUACCACCGGUGGCUCGCUGGGUGGUAUCAUUUUCCCGCUGAUGUUGCGCAAGUUGUACGUCGAGGUCGGGUUCCAAUGGGCGCUGCGCAUUCUCGCGCUCAUCUGCUUCGUAUGCCUGACGUUUGCCAUAUUCUUCGCGCGCGAGCGUGUGAAGACCAACGCGGAACCCUUUCGCACCAAGCGUGAGACGGUACGCUACUAUGUUGCGUCCUCCUUCAAUUGGAGGUACUUCUUGGAUGCCAAGUUCCUGUGGACUACGUUGGGCUUUUCACUCGCAGAAAACUCUAUUUUGGUAUCUGGCACGUUCAUAGCCUCCUAUGCCAUGGCUAGAGGCAAUAGCGAGGCCGUUUCAUUCACGCUGAUCACCACUACUAACGCGCUUGGCAUCCUGGGCAGGUUUAUUCCAGGGUACAUUGCCGACAAAUAUGCCGGGUGUUUCAACGUCGUCAUCAUCACAAGCUUGGCCGCUGCGCUCAUGAACCUCUGCCUAUGGCUACCACUGGGCGGAAACUUAAAAGUGCUGUGGGCAUAUUCAAUGUUAUAUGGUUUCUUAUCGGGAUCUAUCUUUUCGCUUACUCCCGUUUGCAUCGGCCAGAUUUCACGCACAAGUGAUUUCGGGAAGCGCUAUUCCACUGGGUACCUCUUAAACGCACUCAUGACCCUUCCUGCACUCCCAAUUGCAGGUGCCCUUAUCGGAGAUGGCUCCAUUUCAAACUACAAUAAUUUCAUCGUGUUCUCAUCGUGCUUGAUGCUUGCUGGCGUAUUAUGCUAUGCAAUUGCUAGAUAUCUGUGCGUCGGCACUAAAAUCUGUAAGUUCUAG